CAGCCGAACUCCUCUUUCUCUCUCUCUCUCGCUUUAUUUUUUUUGUCCAUUUUUUUCUUUGUCUCUCCCUUUUUAUUAAGGGAGGGACUAUCCCGGUCCACCUUAACUCCAAGCCCCGCCUUCUGGCCAGGAGCAUGCGUAGCAAUGAUUGGUGGAGGAAUAAUGGCUGAAAUUGAUUGCAGACACCAGUAUGCAAACUUGUUGCUGGCUUUCCGGGGGAUGAGAUCAGGCUGUGUUCCUCUAGCCAGCAGUAGUGAUCGAGACAGAGAGAGAGAGAGGCGCACAGACAGACAGAGAGAGAGAGAGAAAGAGAAAACAGACAGUACUCACUUACAUGUGUUGGAUCAACAUUUUUACAAGGGGACGCGAAUUGCAACUAGAAUAUUCCAGUCAGGAUUUGUUUGCUCCGGGGAUUUCAAGUCAUUGGAUGUCUGCAAGUUUGGAGCCAGUGUGAGCGGGCAGUGAGUGCACUGUCCUAGCGCGUUCUGCCCGAUCUCAUCCCACCGCCUUCUCUGGACUAAUCGCUGGACAACAAAAAAAAACUCAAGCCCCCUUUUUUUCCCCGAGUAGAACAGCGCUGGGAGAUUUCAUCCCUCUUGCCAAAAUCAAGGACAGAGAGAGGAAAUUCAGAAUAAAUAAUAAAAUCCAAGAAUUAUUUUUUUAAAAAAGGAAAAAAAAUGCUGAUAUGAAGGCUGAAGUGACAUUACUGAGAGAGUGCAAUCACAAUGUGAUCCCGGGCAGGGUGAGUUUCUCUGCAAACCUUUCUCAUUGUGUUUGAGGCAUUUUUAAAAUAAUCUUUUGGACAUUGGAUACUGAAGCGACCGGUAUCUUUAUUUCCCCCCAAUUUACUUUUUAUGGUUCUAUCUUGAUUUGGGCUAUUUUUAAAUCCAUUAAUUAUUGUAUUUUUGUUACUGUGUUUGAGACUGCGAAGAUAGCUCCGGGGGCUCGGCUGUCAUGCCGUAUUGAUCGGGGCUUUGGGAAGUAUGUUCGGGCUGAAUCAAUUCAGCAGAAACGGUGGCCAAGGAGCGGAGAGAAACUUCGGCCAAGCUGCCUUGGGUAUGUCGGGGCACUACAAGGGCCCGGGUUUCCCCGGCGGGGGUGGCAGUGCCAUGGGGGAGCAAGGGAUCAGUGCCCUGACCGAGCCCCCAAUGUUGGGGAUGGGCAUGAACCCGGCUCUGGGCGGUGAGCAGUACGCCUUCCACACUCGGGGCCACUCGGAACUGCACGGGGCCGGGGCCAUGCCCCAGCCGCCGCCUCCUCCCCAGCCGCAACCUCCUCCUCCUCCUCCCCCCCAGCCCCAAGCUCAACCCCAACCCUCGGCAGCGCACGGUUACUUCCCCAACGGGCACCACCACCACCACCAGCACGCCCACCAUCACUUCAGCGGCAGCUUCUGCGGAUCUGAACCCGGUCCUUCCUGCCUCCACGGGGGGCGUCUCCUGGGGGCCCCCGGCUACAACGGUAACCCCCUGAGUGGACAGCAGCCCGCUUUUGGAGAAACUUAUGAUCCCAUGGCCGAGAAUCAGGGUGGAGGAGGGGGCGAAGCCUUUGGACAACAGCAGCAACAGCAGCCCGCCCCCGGGAGAUCAGCCAACCUGACGGACUACCAUCAGCACCAUACCCCGUCGUCUAACCACACGCCUUGUCUCCCUCUGGACCAGUCUCCCAACCGCGCUGCUUCCUUCCACGGGCUUCCAUCCUCUUCCUCAUCCGAGACACACGGACUGGAGCAGAGGCGCUUGCAGACCCAGCCGCCCGUGGACUCGAUGGACUACAACUAUCAGAGCGACCCUCCCUUCGACAUGCCUGUCUUCUCCCCCUCGGAGUCCAACGCCCAGCUCCCUCACUACGGCGCCGGCAGGCAGGUGCCCAGCAGUAACUUUCCUGGCAGCCCCGCCAUGCCCAGGACGCCGGGCAUGGUAAACAUGGGGAAAGUCCACCCUGCGCAGCAGCAUGGUGUGUUUUACGAAAGGUUUGGGAGUGCUCGGAAGAUGUCUGUGGGCAUGGAGCCCGGGGUCGCUGCCAGGAAUCCUCUGAUGCAGCAACAGGCAGGUUUGCUUGCUCGACAGAACUCUUGCCCCCCAGCGAUACCUAGGCAACAGCAAGCGGAGGCCGGCGCUCCUAACUCCAACGUGCAGGACAAUGGGCCGAUGAUACAGAAUCAGCAUGCUCCGUUUGAAUACCCAAUUCAAAGACUAGAGAACAGAAAUAUGCACCCUUACAGCGAGCCAAUGUUCAACAUUCAGCAUCAGGCUAAUCAGAGGUUACAGCAUUUUGACGCCCCUUAUCUCAACGUAGCAAAGCGGCCCAGGUUUGACUUUGCAAAUAACCACAGCGUGGACAAUUGUGCUACUUGGAGUGGUAACAGUUUGCAUAAUGCGAGUUUGGAGAACCAUUUGUCACCCUCUGCCUACCCCGGACUGCCCAGUGAGUUUUCGCCCCCCGGCCCAGAAGGUUUCCCCCACGGUCCUCCCCUUCAACACCCGGGGACCGACCAGCAGUCCCUGCAGCAGCGCCAGAACAUGCUGAUGAUGUUUAAGCAAAUGGUAUCACGGAACCAGCGGCACCGAAUGAGGCAAUCCGAUCUCCAACAUCUGGGCCACCAUGGGGAUGUCAAUCAAAGCAGCAUGGCGCACGGCAACCAAGUGGGAACGAUGUCCCAGCCAAACUUUGAGCGGGAAAGCAGCGGCAGGAUGUCGAAUUUUGAUCCUCAGAACCCGCCGAUGGCUCAGGAAAACUCGUGGUUUGCAGGCCCGCACCCCCCUGGGGAUCUGUUGCAGAGAAGGAUCGGUGGGUCCGCCGUGGCCACUGAGGGCAGCCCCCACGAAUCUGUCCAGAUGAACUUGCAGCAGAAUGGGUCAAGUAUGCUGUUCAGGACAGGUGGGAACGGACUGGGUAUGCAGGAGCCAAUGAGAAUGCCAGGCGAGGGGCAUGUACAGGCUUUGCACUCUCCUGGGAUGCACUCUCAGUUCGGCAGCAAUAUGGGAAAUGUCUCUCAAAUGCAGUCUCCCAGUGCGAGCAUCGGCCUGCCCAACCCCUCGAGUGACAGAAGAGCCGGCCCGGAUUUCCCUGGGCCCCAAAUUGGCGGACAACCGGGCUUUCCCUUUGGGGGACCCAGCCGGUCAGCCAACCCGCACAAUAACCCGGCGGGAGUACCUCCAUCACCCGGCAGUUACCCGCCCCAGAACGAAUUUCAGCCCAAUCAGCGCCCGUCCAUGAGCAAGAUCGGCUCCCUGUCCUUGGGCUCCUUCAGUAAGCCCGGCGCCAAGGACAACACCAUUUAUGGCCAGAGCUGCCUGGCCGCCCUCUCCACUGCCUGCCAGAACAUGAUCGCCAGUUUGGGAGCCCCAAACCUCAACGUCACUUUCAACAAGAAGAACCAGAAUGAAGGGAAACGCAAACUGAGUCAAACCGAGCAGGACGGCGGCGCUGGGGGCCCGAGCAGCGGCGGUGGGGCUGGUGUUGGGAGCGUCGGUGGCGCCUCCACUGGGAGCACUGGGAACGGGCAGGAAUAUUUCCAGAGCAACACUCCUCAAAGCAACCAGAUGGGGGGAUCUGGCAACGGGAGCGGCAAGCUAGCCGCAUCCGCCGCCCAAAACUGCACACAGGGUCAGAGCCAGCCCACACAACCCGAAUGCAACCUCUCCCCAAACUAUGGGCUGGAGGCCGUUCCAUCCGACGGCAAAGGACAGACGGGGAGGGGGAGAGGGAGGAGGAAAAGAGACAGUGGCCACGUUAGCCCAGGGAACUUCUUUGACAAGUAUUCAGCCGAGAAUGUGAAUCCGGUGGUCAGUCCCGGGCAACAGGGUCAGUCCACACACGCCGGAGAUCGAGGUGGGACCCCGCAGGAUAAGUCCCUCACCUCUCCAUCCUGGGCGAAAGGGAAUGACCUGCUACUCCCAGACCAACCCGACCUCAUGUCCUCCCUGGACAGUGGGAUUCAAAGCGUGACAAAGUCCGACGGCAGUUCACCGCAGGUCGACUUCUCCGACGAUGUCAGCAACAAUUAUGCGAACGAGGACGAAGUAUCAUCGAGUUCGGACAACAACAUAUCCAAAUCCACCCGGUUAAUGACCAGUUCCCCAAAAUUGCAGCGGGUUGACCACGGCCUGAAACAGAUGGGUCACGCCAUGCUCAACGCACACCCCAACAGCAACACUACCUCCAACGCAGGGGCUGUCACCGACAGUUUUGGGCUUAGCAGCAGCGGGAGUGGACACCCGGGCACUCCCGGAAUCGAGCAGGUUCGAACUCCAACCAGCACGUCAACGCAGGACGAGAUCCACCCGUUGGAGAUCCUGCAAGCACAGAUCCAGCUACAGCGGCAACAGUUCAGCAUAUCCGAAGAUCAGCCUCUCGCCAUGAAGAACAAAAAAGCUGAGUGUCCCGGUCAGAACGGGGACACAGAAUUGGCCGCUUGUGGCACGGACAAUAGCAAAGCUGCCAUCAGCACGAUAGACAUUGAGUCACUAAUGGCAGAGCAUAACUCUACCUGGUACAUGCCCAGCGACAAGGCCAUGAUGGAUCCACAGGAUGAAGACAAGCAAAUGGCACCUUGGGAAAAGGCCAAACCUGCAAGCACCAACAAAGAAGCCCACGAGCUUUCCCAGAACAAGGCUUCAUCAGUCCAGGCUGGUACCCACUUGCAGUGCCUGUCAGUCCACUGCACAGACGACCUUACUGACUCUAAGGGCCGGAGCCCCAUGCAAACUUGGAGAUCUUUGCAUUCGGACAUCUCUAAUCGAUUUGGGACAUUCGUGGCUGCUUUGACCUGAACAGAGAUGAAUUUUCUUUUGAUUUCUCUUGUUUUUUUUAAUUGUUUUCCUCCUCUUGGCUGCUGCAGUGCGACAGACAGACAGGACAUCAAAACAAAUAAAAGUAAUAGUCACGAAAGGAUCUGGGCCCCCUUGCUGGCACUUCGGUUCAUGGCCUGCAACGCUGGCUGGUGGCCUGGAAAGGGUUAAUUCUGAGCCCACGCCACCCAGGUUUUGGCCACAGUUGCUUGCUUGAUACCAGGCCUGUUGGAUUGCUCAAUAAACGCUGCAGAGACCAAUCCCAAGCUGAGUUGAACAGAAUGUUUGUGUUUGGAAUUGUACGACAUUCUUCUCACUGGAUUCCUUGCACUUAUAACCUGAUUUCUCCCCACCCCAGGCAUCUGCCUCCCAGGCAACAACAAGCAUUGACAGCAAUACCUCUCAGUCCUCUUCGUCAGGAGUCUAAAGUCCGUGAUAUGCAAGCCUCAAUAAACAUUGGCAUGAAUGGGGCUGUCACCUCAGCCAGAGCCAUGUGGGGAACAGGAGGGGUGCAGGUGAAGGGCUGGGAUUGUGGCUUGAGGUCCAGAGCUUUUGUUUGCUGAUGUGAUGGUGCAUAGAUAACUUCAGACAAUAAUGGCUCAAUGGUGAUGAGACACAGAAAUCUGGGGGAGUAGAAAUUCAGGUGUUUUACUGAACUGUUAGAAUUUGCUAAUGUCUGGACCGUAAAAUAAAAACCAAACAGUGGCAGCCCAGUGCUUGAGUCAAUAUAUUCCACCAAGUUAUAUUCAACUGUAGUGAUCCUGGGCCAAUCAGAGCUCAAUAUGUUUAAAUUUCUGCAGAAAAAAAGUGCAUUAAAGAAAAAAAAACACGAAAACAUCAGUUGCUUCCCAUGACCUGUGUAUGACUGUGUGGUUUUUGAAACUGUGUUUCUUACACUUGGAGGAGGUUUAAAGUUCAUUCUUUCAGACAGCAAAGCUCAGUGACCAGAACAUCAAAACAAAUUUCACAAGCUUCAGGAGGAAUGAACAAUUAGGGUGGUCUGUACACCAUCGUUGGCACCCAACACUCACGCCCACCCAAACCCAAGGCUCCAUCACAUUGUGUUAAGGGGCAGAGUCAGGCAUUUGGAGUUUGGACACAAAGCUGCCCUGAUCUCAGUGAAUGGGCGCAAGCUUCUGCCCGUUCCUACAUCCUAAGACAUAUAUAAAGAACCAGAGGACAUCAGUGUAGGGAGGAGGGAAAGGGCCAUAAUCCAUGCCAAAGUAGACAGUAUGGGACACACCCCUCCUACCUGUCCCGUCUUCAUGUUCUCUUUAACGUUUCUCAAAUUAGCAAUUGGUCUUUUAUUCCUGUGAGCAGCCCACCCCCAGCUCAGUGGGCUCUGUGCGUCAGUUGCUGAAGCCUAGUUGCACCUCCCUCUGGCUUUAUCCAGAGGAUUUGUCCAUGCACAGGAAGCUGACAUUAAAGAGAAUGUAAAUCCUGGGUGGGUGCUGCUGAGGAUGACUGUCCAUAUUCCAUAUCCCUCUCACCAAUUUGAAAAAAGAUUCAGGAAGAUAAAAAUAGUAUUAAACGUGAGGUCAGAGAGACUUAUGGUGCAUUUGCCUGUGAGGGAAAUGGGCUGUCACCUUCCCAGCUUUAUUCUUCACACAAUCGUGGCAUGCAGAUGCUCGUCAAGUCCACCUGAGGAAACAGUAGUUGGCAAGUUGCUAUAAUCUGACAAUUGUGCUUCCCGAUGAAUGUCAAGUAUUCACUGUGAAUCCAAAUGUUCACUACCCCCAACCCCAACAGCCCCAAGCCCCCACUUCAGAGUUCAUUUGAGUCCAGUAUUUGAUAUGUGAAGCCAGGUGGUUUGAUGGUGUUCCCACUUUGACAGUGUUCCCCUCCUGGUGCAAUCGCUUUGAAAAGAAGCUUGCCACAUCUGUGCUGUCUGGAGUCCAGCCAUUACAGUUGUCUAUUUUAAACUGCUGGUUUAAUCCUUUCUACAGUCAGAAAGCCACUAGUGCAUGUUAAAACAGAAACAGCAGAGAAUGCUCAAGGAGGAUUAUCUGAGGGAGGGUGUUGAAAUUCUAACAGUGGUUGAUUUAGUGGGUUGAUUGUGCUGAGCCACGCAGAGCCAGUAGGCUGGGUCCUAUUGCUGGCAUAUCCUGAGAUAGCUGUGAUCAGCUGGGAGCAAGAGCGGGGUUCUGACAAUUGUCCAUAAUCAGCUCGUGGUGAGAGAAGGGAGAGUUCCCCGGCUUGAUUCCCUACUGGGAAUCGUGUGUGCAUGCAUUGGCUGAAGGUGGGACCACACUUAGCUCUGAUGUUUCCCUUUAUCGCCUGUUGCAACGUUCAUGUGUAGGGAAUAGGUGCUGCAACAAUGAUUCUGCAGGGCUCCUGGAUGCAGAGGGGGAAGCUGGGGGAAGACCAAGCUAUCUGUUGGAAAUGCUUUCCACAGUUAAAUUGUCUGAGUGUGUGGGAACGCAGUGGACACGGUCCACUAUGCGCCAUGUUAUCUGGCUCUGGCAGGACAUUCUCCCAUGGUUGCCCAGACAAAGUUAUGUUUUACUCAGUGGUUAUGGAUGGCAGUCCUCUCCUUCACUGCACUGACUUCAUGAAAUAUGGGCUUCUGAUGCAAUCCGAGGGGAGAAGAUUUGCCUGAGUUUGCCAACAUUACAUAUGUGUGAGAGUAUUGACUGUUGGUUGUACUCUCCUCUGCACAGUCUGUUCUACUAACUGCAGUGAAACUGAAUGUGCUGAGAUGAGUUUUGCCGGUGACUGAUAGUCCCACUCUAACUUUGUACCUUGGACCAAAGCUUUACAAAACCAAGACAAAGCAACCACUCCUCUCCCCCAAGCCUGGAGGCUGCUUUGACCUUAUGGACAAGGUGUGGGUCACCGGUGGAUUAUUUCUCCAACUCUCGAUCACUCCACAAAAACAGAAAUCAGGCGAAGGGUGAAAAGAGAUUUCAUUUAAGAUUUAUUCCAAUUUCCGAUUCCUCCAAUCUGACUGAUUGUUUAUCAAGAAAAGACUUUAGAAAACAAUUUAAUCUGUUGGCACUCUGAACAUUUAACAAAUUGUUCUCAUGGAGUGGAUAACGAUAAUAACGCACAAUGGGAGAGUAAAAACAAUUCUGAUGCUCAGAGUAAGAUUUCAGUGGCUGGGUACCUCAAUUUGAGGUAGGUUUUCUAUCUAAAGAUUUUGAAUUUUUAAGUUUAUAAUUUCUGUUUCCACUCCAGCAAUUUGUAUUGUUCAAUUCCAGUUCAUCGUUUGACACCUGCUUAAAACAACAACAUCAUAAAUUAAAACUGGAAGGGCCAGAAAUACUCAGCAGGUCAAGAAGUAUCUGUGAAGAGAGAAACAGAGUUAAUGUUUUAGGUUAAUGACCUUUCAUCAUUGUUAUCUUUACACCUCUUCCAAACUCCUGACCUGCUGAGUGUGUUUAGCAUUUCUUGUUUAAUGUUUUUAUUUCAGGUUUCUUGCAUUUUACUUCUUAAACUUUCUAUGAAGGUUAAAGAAACUUUAUGGGAUAGAGGGCAGGUUGAGAUAAACUUUCGAAAUAAUUAAAAUAAAUGCUAGGAAUCCCAGCCUAUUCGGUGACUUACUUCCACCUUCUGUUUUGAAAUUGGUGAAGCCAUUCACACUUAAACCUAUUGUUUUCUGAAUUAUUUCCUACACUUUGUCUGAAGCUGAAACAAUGCAUUUAGGACAAGUUCCCAAUGGCCUUUUAGAGAGGGCAUUUAUCUGAAAUGUCAUGGAGCUCAGCUCUAUAAAUUGUUUUGGUCUCUCUGUUGUCAGGGAUGUCCUUUGAUUCUCAGACCCAUUUUAAGCAAUGUGCAAUGACACUUUAUAUUAGGGGUGACUUUACACCAAGAUAUUUCACCUACUUUAAACCACUGUCUUUAUGAAACACUGACCCGAUCAGUAGUAAAAUAAACCAUGCACAAAUACUUCCUUUAUGGUACUGGAUGGUGGUUCAGCUGUGGUAUCGCUGAAGCAAUCUUGCAGUCCCAGUGGUGCUGUGGAACAGCCAGCUAAUCAUUGUGCUUCCAGGUGGACUCUGUAAUAUCUGGUCAAAACUUAAUGAAAAUUUGGGGGAAUAUUUCCAUUUUCUACUAUAAGCAACAUGAUGAACUGAAUGACAAUGAUUCCCAUUGCCUUUUCCAGCAAGCCAAUACUUUCCUGCAGAAUGCCAUUCUAGUUUUGCUGGAAAUUGUGAAUAGAGGGAAGGGCCUGGGGUUUGUCCUCCAGGAUAGCAUAAUAAAGGCACUUGUAAUUCUCCCUUCCCGACAUUCAGUUCUACAGCCUUUGCAAUAUUGACUAUUCAUGCCAACACCCAAGAGACUUCAAAACCUGCCCCACUCUGUGCCAGACAGCUGAUACAAAUUCAGACCCUUAUUAUUUCAUAGCAUGUCUGUUGAACCCGUACUUCCAAAUAAUAUUCUUAACCCUAUGUAAAGUUAAGGCCAAAAUUGCAUACUUUUGGUCAGUUCUAUUAAAAUUAUUCAGCGCGAUAAAGUAACUAUUCAGCAAAACAUUGCAUCUAAUUAUUAAAUUGAAGGUUCUUCAGCUCAGACUAGCUCCCACCUCAACUAUCUGAACUUGUUGUUAAUAAAACGGGUUUGUCAAAUUUGGAUACUUCAUCUUUGAAAAUUUGUAAAUGGAAUGUAGCCCUGUUUUGCUCACAGCUUGUGGGGUCUGUUCAGUGUGAAGGAGUUUUAUUCCAUGGUGGAGUCUAUUCUCAUUGCCUAGCUUCCUUGCUUUGUCUUGGUGCAUGGAACUGCAGAGAACUAUUGCAGUACAAGUGGUGACUAAUACCAAGUGUUAUAUGUUACCUGUUGUACAACCCAUUUCAAACACAUGCUUCUUCACACAGUCAUUAAGGACAAUCAUCCCACACUUGACACCUUCCAGUGUGGUCCAAUUCCUUAAGUUAACAACGUAAUCAUUGCCGUAAUUUGUACCACAGUACCUCCCUGCCUGUAGCUUUGUUCGAUCUAUAAGUGGUGUUAAAUGGUGUCUAGCUCGGAUUCUACCCAGCGUUCAGCAUGCAGCAGUAUAGUUGCCUGACGUUUAGUAAUGACUGGAUAUUUCACUGCCUUUGUGAGUCUUAUGGUGGUAUGUUGAAGUGUUCUGGUCACAUGUACUUGUUCCAACAGUAAAGUAUUGAAUAAUCCAUCACAAUCUUUCAACCCUAUCUCUCUUCCACUGGCACAAAUUUAUUGAUAACUUGCUUUGGCAGAGUAAAACUCAGAAUGUUCUUUAGCACAUUUUUUCACCUCUGCUUUUCUUUAAUCACACAUCUAAAUCCUACAUCAUUUCACCCCUUCUUAUCUCAUCAAUCUCUGACAACCCUAUCCAUCAGCCUAUACUCUUACCCAGGACCAGUGAUUAACACCUCCUCCACUAAUUACCCAUCCACAGUGACUCUCUCAGUCGCUCUGUAAUUUAGCCUUGACACCUCAUUUCCCUCCUUCAAACCUCUUAAAUUCUUCUUGUUUGCGUUUCAAUAAAAUCUUGCUGGGGCUCCACAUCAACUGUCCCCCACAAUGUAAGAAAUGCACAUUGUUAUAGGUUCAUACUCUGGCUCUUUGGAGCAACAAAUGCUGAGGUCACUUUCAAAGCUUCACAAUUAGCAUUUUGGUUUCAGUACAUGCCACAGAUUUGAGACUGUCAGUGUCAAUGCUGAGACUGCCCGGGCCUUUAACAUUUGCCAUUCAUAAAACAUAGAACAUAGAACACUACAGCACAGUACAGGCCCUUCGGCCCACAAUGUGGUGCUGACAUUUUAUCCUGCUCUAAGAUCUAUCUAACCCUUCCCUCCCACAUAGCCCCCUAUUUUUCAGUCAAUCAUGUGUCUAUCUAAGAGUCUCUUAAAUGUCCCUAAUGUAUCUGCCCCCACCACCUCUGCCGGCAGUGCGUUCCACGCACCCACCCCUCUCUGUGUAAAAAAACUUACCACUGACAUCCCCCCUAUGUCUUCCUCCAAUCAUUUUAAAAUUAUGUCCCCUUGUGUUAGCCAUUGUCACCCUGGGAAAAAGUCUCUGACUGUCCACUUGAUCUAUGCCUCUUAUCAUCUUGUACACCUUCUGGGCUGAGAUUCAAACAGUGAGUAAAGAGGUGAAAGGAUAGACUGCGUAAUCCACCGCAGAGCCCGACGACCAUCAGGGAAAGAUUUUUAUCCUCUCUAUCUGGGCUGGAUUCCCAUUCAGAGAACAAUAUGGUACCAGCACUGAAACAAACAAACACUGCUCUCCAUCCAGCAUUGAAUUACUGUGUGAGAAUUGGGAUAUGAUUGAUCAAGUUAUGUUAUGAUUGUGGCUAACUUUAACUAUUCUCUGGGUUAAAAAUGUAGAUUGGGAGGCCAGGGAGCAGAACAGCCUGUGCAGUGAAUUAUUGCUGGGACUCUGCCGCAUCAAGGACAAAUUAUCUUUUGGAUAGCAACAAUAUCCAUUCAAAUAUUGGGGUGGGGUAGGACCCACUACUUCAGUUCUAGCUGCAGGUUCAAGGUAGCUGCAGAUGUAACAAUAUGAACUGAUAACUUCUUGCUCUGUGGUUUGACAAAUCCUGUUAUUGCCAUUUUGAAAUUUGGAGUUUUUGUUUGGCUCUGUCUCUCACACAAUGCUGCUUUAGUCCCUGUUGAUUGACUCCAGCAGUUCCCACGGUUUAUUUGAGUGUUUUGUCUCGUCCAGUGCAACAGGACUUAGUUUUGGAAACAGGAAGGAAAAAGAUAUGGACUAUGUACUGUAGGUGCAUUCGCCUGUCUGUACUCAUACCUAAUGUAUACAUAUGUUUUAAUGAGACACAAGACAA